CGCCAUUUCGCGCUCGGAGGCGCAGGGCUCGCGCAUACCGUAAGGCGUGAUUGACGGCUCGUGAGUCAAAGUGUCAGAGGCUUUGAUCGCAAAAGAUUUGUGACUUGGUCCAACCAAGCUUCUCGCACACUUCACGAGCAAUCUGGGCGUUUCCCGUACCAUACAUUCACAUCAGCUAGUUGUUAGGACAACAUUGAUAGCAGCGACUAGCCACUCGGUGCCGUCGUAGUAGUUGCUAUCGCUCGCCACCACACCCCAAGGCGACUCGAACAAACACAGAGCCGCUGUUGUCGCUCCACCUCGAAGGGGUUGCCCUCGGCAACAUUUCGACAUUCUGAUUUUAGCAUCAUCCUCGAACCCACACGACAUCAGCCAUGCCAUUCGAGGAUCCCAACAGCUUCUUGUUCGGACUGAAUCAGUUCGCCAGUCCUCCUGGCAACUCUCCGAACGCAGGAGGUGCUGGUUCAUCCGCCUUGAACAGUCGACAUGACUCGUUGCUCACGGGCUUGGAAUCUUUCGGUGAAUCUGCGCCCGGCGCCAAUGCAGACGAUGGUCUGCUUGGGCAAGGCACCUUUGCAGAUCAGCUGGCUCUGUGGACCAAUGCCAACUUCAGUUUCGAUGGUCCGACAGGUCACGCCUUGCUUGCCGAUGAUGACAAGGACAAGGACAAAGAUGGCGAUCUCGACGCUGGUCGGGAGGCCGACGAAGCCGAUCGCAAGCGCGCUCAGGCUCGCGCCGAGAACCGCGAGACGGAAGCUGCUCUCUUUCAGCGUCAAAGAGAGGCGAACGAGAGGCGUGCUGAAGAAGAGCGUCAUCAUCAACAUAAUUCACAGCAGAUCAAUGGCACUCACGACCAGCACCGCGCCAGCCAGCCAAACACAGCACCUCCGACGCCAUUGAUCACCCAGCAGCAGACUUACUUCGGCGGCGCGUUGGGCGCUCCCGCACCCAGUCAUCAACAGCACGCUCGGAGACCUUCAGAGCUUCAUGCGCACAACGUUCCGAGCCCUAGCAUCUCUCAGGCCCAGUUCGCGGCCCAGCUGCAAGCACAACUUCAGAACCCUUUUCCAGUCAACAAUCCAUUCUGGAAUGGUGCGGGCAGCACUUCAAAUCCGUUGCAAGCCCUGCUGUACCAACAGCAGCCUCAGCACCUUUCGCAGCUACCGGGUCAAGUGGGACAACCUCAAGGCAGGCCAUCUCAGCCGCAGCCACCCUUGCCUGGCAACGUCGACCUUAAUACGCUGCUCGCUCUCCAGCAAGCGCUGAGCUCCAUCAAUGGUGGUAGCGGCCAACCUGCAUCAGCUCAGGUCACCACUCUACUCGGCCAGCUCAGCAAUCCCCAAGUUCAGGCAGCGUUGUCCCAGCUGCAACAACCGCAGCACCAGCACCACGAGAACGGCCAAUUCUCGCGAAACGGUUCGCUGAACAUUGAUACCUCGCAUGCUCCGAAUGGUAUUUCGAACCCUUUCCCGCCUAUUCCUGGCUGGCAGCCAAGCGGAAACGGUGCUGGGACACCGCAUGCUCCAGAGUUCCAUGGUUUGCCAAAUGGUGCAGGCCAUGGCCCCGGUCCUCUUGGUGCAGUCGGUCGACAGUCAUCAUUCCAAGGUCGACACACCGGCAACGCUCACGGCUCUGCCGACGAAGGCUCCAACGGCCUUGGCGACGGAGAACGUCAAGCGAUCUCGAGAAAGAAGAAGGCUCGCACUAGCCCGGACAGCGGACAAGGCGAUAGCUCCGACAAUGCUCGCGAGCAAGCUGACAGCUCCGCGGACGCUGAUGCUCGUGCCGCUGAGAGGGACGACAUUCCUCCAUUGCAGCUCAUCGACACCGGCAAUCCCGAAGCUGAUGCCGAGGCGAAUAGGCUCGCCAUUGAGGAAGACAAGCGCCGCCGCAACACGGCCGCGAGCGCUCGGUUUCGCGUCAAGAAGAAGCAGCGCGAGGCGGCUCUCGAGGCUACUUCGCGAGAUUUGCGCACUCGUCUUGCAGACCUCGAGCAAGAGAACAGCCGCUUGCGAACCGAAAAUGGCUGGCUGAAGGGACUGAUCCACGUCAAGCCCGAACAAGGCUCGGCUGGAGGCGCAUCCACCAGCGCGGGAGCAGCUGCUCGCGCAGCCACGACGAGUGCAGGUACCAGUGCCACUUCCAGCUUUGUGCCGAGAGGUACUACUGGUCAGGCUCAGGGCUCUUCAAAUGCUGAUACCGCAGUCUCGAGGCUCAGGGAUACGGGUCUCCAUCCCCGCGGCGUGGGAACGGAAAGCGCGACCUCGACCCAAAAUGGUAGCGCUGCUCGUGCCUCCAAUGGCACUUCCGCUACCAACGGCGCUGCUUCCUCCCACAAGAAUGCAGCUGCCACCCCUGCAGUCGCUAGCUCUGCCGCCACCAAGAGGGACCGAGAGGACUAAGCUUGGCCGACUCGAGUCUCUUCGAUCAUGAUCAAGCACGACUGCAACGCCUUGAAACCAAAGUACGAUCAAUCCGUGCAUCUCUCUCUUUUUAAAGUUGUGGCAAAUACCUGGUGGUGAAAGGAAAGAACAGGGAAGCGAGAUUGUACGAUUCUCUUUCUAUUAUGAAGGGUUUGCGCUCCGGGAAUGCAGGCGACCGGGGAGGCGCGAUGAUGGUGCGCUGGAACACUUUAUCAGACACCUUGACUGUCGUUACCGCAUCGGCCCCCGUACUUGUGGGCCCUUGCCAAUUUCGCUGUGGAACUUGCUUCUCACCCAAGCUACGCCGAUCGUGUUGCGUGUUGUAUGUAACGUACCAAAGUGAUGGGAAAACAAGGGGAUUUCUAAGAUUAC